CAAAGUGCGGUUUGAGAAUGAGGAACUCUGGUUAUUCUCUAGACACCAUGGUGAGUUUAAAUGCAGUUAGAACUCAUUGUGGACUGACCAUCCCGGUAAUUUUUGCCGUUCUGCAUUUUUGUUUUUUUGUGCCUGAAGGCCCUGAACAUUAAUUGCUCUUUCCGGAAUCCACCACCACCCUCCUCUUUUUUCCCUCUGUGUCUCUGUCCUCCAGGCAAGACCUGGUGCAGGCCCAACUCUCUCUCUCUCUCUAGCUGCAAAGUCUUUGUUGUUUCUCUCUCUAAAGUUGGCAGCUAUGUGCGAUCGUACAUCCAGUCCUACCUCUCUCAAUAAAUCUCUCCUUCCCCUCUGCAAAGCCCCUCUCUCUCUAAACCUUCUCUGUCUCUCUUCUCGGAAGCAAUGGAGGAUUCACUUUUACGGAGCCCUUGUCAUCGUGAAGAAGAGCAGUCCAAAAAGCAUGGCUGGUGUGCCUGUCUAUCCCUGGACCGUCGUGAAGCUAAGUUGCAGGCUUCCAUUGCGGUGCCUAUGAUCUUCACGAACCUGUGUGUCUACUCCAUGACCCUCGUUCCUGUCAUGUUUGCUGGCCAUCUCGGUGAUCUCGAGCUUGCAGGCUCCACUCUCGCCAAUUCUUGGGCCUUUGUCUCUGGUUUUGCUCUUUUGAUGGGUCUGAGUGGUGCACUAGAGACACUUUGUGGGCAAGGAUAUGGAGCGAAAACAUACAGAAUGUUAGGAAUCUACUUGCAGUCCUCAAUUAUAUCAACUUUUUUCGUUUGCAUGAUCGUGUCAGUUUUAUGGUUCUAUGCUGAGCCAAUCCUCAUAUUGCUUCAUCAAGAUGCUGCAGUUUCAAGAAUGGCAUCCCUGUAUUUGAGGUGGCUGAUUCCAGGAAUAUAUGCUUAUGCUUUCCUGCAAUGUUUCACAAGGUUUCUUCAGACACAAAGUAUUGUGCUUCCUUUGGUCUUGUGCUCCAUUAUCCCAUUGGCUAUUGAAGUAGCUAUGUCGUAUUUCUUGGUGUAUAAAACUUCUUUGGGCUUCAAAGGAGCUGCUGUGGCUACCUCAGUGUCUUUCUGGCUUAGUUUUCUGUUGUUAGUUCUGUAUGUUAAUAUGACAGAGACAUUCCAAGACACCUGGCAAGGGAUCUCCAUGGAAUCAUUGCAUUAUAUCUUUCCUUUUCUGAAGUUAGCCAUCUCAUCAGCUGUCAUGGUAUGUCUGGAAUAUUGGGCUUUUGAGGUUCUUGUUUUUCUUGCUGGAAUGCUUGCUGAACCAGAGAAGAAUACUUCUUUGAUUGCAAUGUGCGUGAAUACAGAAGAUCUGAUAUACAUGAUAACAUUUGGUUUCAGUGCAGCUGUCAGUACUCGUGUAUCAAAUGAGAUUGGAGCAGGAAAUCCUCAGCGAGCUAAGAAUGCUGUUUGGGUUACACUCAAGCUUUCUGUGGGUCUGGGUGUGAUCAUGGUAAUCUCACUGGCGACUGGUCACAAACUUUGGGCAAGUGCAUUUAGUGGCAGUCAAAGAAUCAAAAAUGAGUUUGCUUCCAUGACUAUGCUUCUUGCUUCAUCUAUAUUGCUUGAUGCAAUCCAAGGAGUCUUAUCAGGAGUCGCUCGAGGUUGUGGAUGGCAGCACUUGGCCGCAUGGACCAACUUAGCAGCCUUCUAUGGAGUUGGAGUUCCAAUAGCAGUUUUUCUUGCAUUCAAGUUGGAACUUCAUGCUCAUGGACUGUGGCUUGGGCUUAUUUGUGGUCUAUUCUGCCAGGUUUGCAUAUUGAUCCUCAUAAUGCUACGCAGCAGCUGGUCCAGUAUAGUCAUUAAACCUGAUGAUGUGUUGAAUGCUUAGUUUUUACAUAUUGAUAUGGUGAUUGAGUUGGCUUUACUUGAGUUGCAAACUUACACCUCGAUGUUGAAUGGUGAGAUUGAAGUUCAUUUGUUUGUCAUUUUGGAACAGAGGGAAAUUUACAUGUAGACCGUUGUAGGAUCUAUAUCUAAAAGCAAGAUGGCUUAUUUUCUAGUUUA